AUGCCACGCCCAGAAGGACAAGAGCUCGAUUUAAGAGUUUGGAGGCGUCUUUGUGGCACAACGCUAGGGCUUCGCCUCUUCCUGCGUUGCGCUGGAUCGUCGUCAAAUCAAACUUCGUAUCCGCCUUCCCACAUCGUAAAGCAGACAGAUAUCCCCGACCAUCCACAAAGUCACGCAUUGAAGACGCAGUGUUGGCCACUGGUCGGCCUCCUCUUCCUUCCGAAUCCAUCUCCCAAUUACGAGCAAGAAAAAGUGGACACUGCAGCAAUCCUAAGCAAUCUUACGAGAGCUGCUCAAACACUUCCUUGCUCAGCUACGGUUGUCGGCCCGUUCUCUGGUAGAGGUCGCGUCAUGUGUCGUCUGAAGUCGAUUUUGGGUUUUUGA